GACAGAGUCACCAAAAUGUCUUUUGCAAGAAGCGAACGUUUCAACGAAAAUAAAGAAGUUACUCCUGGUCCCGGCCAAUACCAGAAUGAAUGGGGUUGUAUUGGCAGAGAUUCCAUUAAAUAUAGAAUUAAUACAACCCCUCGAUUCCCAGAAGAGUGUAGGCGCAGGAUAUGCAUUGGGUGCGCCUGUGCCGAUGUAACGAAUAAAACAUUUUCAAAAAAUGAGUUUGUCAUGUACACCCCGCCUAGCUACGAUGUUAGAAAUAUAACAUUCAGGAGAACAAUGAACAAAGGAAUUGAAUUCAGGAGAGCCCUCCGCGAUUUAAUUCUAUUUAGAAAGAAAAAUGGUCCCCUCAUAUAUCCGAUGAUGUUAUGCAAUGAAGGAUUCUGAAAAA